CAGUCGGGGUUCCGGUGGGCAGUGCCAGCAGAGUCGCCCCCCGCAACGGAAGAGCCGGACCCGUGUCCGGAUCCGCACCCAGAGCCCGAGCCGGGGGAAGGAGCGGGAGCAUCUGACCAGGAACCUUGACCUGGACUGCCCUUCGGACCUGACUGAGUGUUUUCGGUAGCAGGAAACUGGUGACAUAGGGGCAAGAUGGAUCAAAUGCUGGAGACCACCGAGCUGCCUGCCAUGUUUGAUGGGGUGAAGCUAGCGGCCGUCGCCGCUGUCCUCUACGUGAUUGUCCGCUGCCUGAAUCUGAAGAGCCCGACAGCCCCACCAGACCUCUAUUUCCAGGACUCGGGCCUCUCCCGCUUCCUGCUCAAAUCCUGUCCCCUGCUGACCAAAGAGUACAUCCCCCCGCUGAUUUGGGGCAAGAGCGGGCACAUCCAGACGGCGUUGUACGGGAAGAUGGGACGGGUUAGGUCCCCUCAUCCUUACGGACUGCGCAAGUUCAUCACCAUGUCAGAUGGAGCCACGUCCACUUUUGACCUUUUCGAGCCCCUGGCGGAGCACUGCAUUGGAGAUGACAUCACGAUGGUCAUCUGUCCUGGAAUUGCCAACCACAGCGAGAAACAGUACAUCCGCACCUUUGUGGACUACGCCCAGAAAAAUGGCUACCGGUGUGCCGUGCUGAACCACCUGGGGGCACUGCCCAACAUCGAGUUGACAUCUCCACGCAUGUUCACUUACGGUUGUACCUGGGAAUUUGGAGCCAUGGUGAGCCACAUCAAGAAGACCUACCCCCAGACGCAGCUCAUUGUGGUGGGCUUCAGCCUGGGAGGGAACAUCGUCUGCAAAUACCUGGGUGAGACCCAAGCCAAUCAGGAGAGGGUCCUGUGCUGCGUCAGCAUGUGCCAAGGGUAUAGCGCGCUGCGGGCUCAGGAAACCUUCAUGCAGUGGGACCAGUGUCGGAGAUUUUACAACUUCCUCAUGGCCGACAACUUGAAGAAGAUCAUCCUGACUCACAGGCAGGUUCUGUUUGGAGAUAAUGUCAAGAAGCCCCAGAGCCUAGAGGAUACAGACCUGAGUAGGCUGUACACGGCAACGUCCCUCAUGCAGAUCGAUGACAAUGUGAUGAGGAAGUUUCACGGCUACACCUCCCUGAAAGAAUACUACGAGGAGGAGAGCUGCAUGCGGUAUUUGCACCGGAUCUACGUCCCACUCAUGCUGGUUAACGCGGCCGAUGACCCCUUGGUGCACGAGAGCCUCUUAUCGAUCCCCAGAACACUUUCGGAGAAACGGGAGAACGUCAUGUUUGUGCUGCCUCUCCACGGGGGUCACUUGGGCUUCUUUGAAGGGGCGGUGCUGUUCCCGGAGCCCCUCACCUGGAUGGAUAAGUUGGUGGUGCAGUAUGCCGACGCCAUCUGCCAGUGGGAACGCAGCAAGUCCCAGUGCUCCGACACAGAGCAAGUGGAGGCUGACCAGGAGUGAUACCCCAACAGACUCUCCGGUUCUCUCCGGAACCCCCACCCACCCCCUCUCCUGGAACACCGCCUCCUUCUCCUCCUCUCCCUCCUCCUCCUCCUCCCCUCCCUUCCCUGCCGUUCCAGGCUUCCCCCCAGGUCUGACCGCACUGUGUUGGAACGGGGGAGCCGGCAGCAGAAAGUCUGCGUGACGUGAGCGUCUCGCACAGGGUGGGUGGGUGGGUAGCGCCCAGGGUGUGUAGUGCUCUUUACGCUUGGGUUGCUGGUUUUCCUUGGCACAUCACAGGUCGCGGUGGCAAGUGGCAGGGUGUCCGCCUGCCUAGCUCCUUGAUCUGCUACCUUAAAGCCAACUGUCAUUUAAUUUCCCGGCAAACGCCCGGGAGUGGUGUCCUUGCUUUGCCAAUCAAGGAUCCUCCUGAGGACCUUGCAGGUUAGGUCUUAAAGCUUCACGUCGACCUUCAGAGGGCCCCCCGGUUCCUCCCCAAGGCUGAGGGGGAAGUCCAGGUCAGUUUGGGUAGGACAUCUCAGUGUAUGUGAGUGCCUGGGUGGGGAAACUCCAAAUGUGGAGGAGGAACUCUGCUCGAAGUUUGAGCCAAACGCCGUUCUUACUUGACCACCCCCUCUCCCCAAGGGGUCGGGUCCAACUGGCAUGAUAUACCCUUCGGCAGGGUAGAAGCCUCUCCCAUCUGAAGCACAGUUUUCUGAGCCUCAGCUGGCAAUGGCACCAUGGUCUGGCCGGGUCUCAGCUCUGCGUUCCAGCCACUCGGACUCCCCCAGUCCCUCCGGGUUCGGGGAAGCCUCCCAGCCCCACCUCGACUUUUCCGUCUUGUAAGGAGACGUCAGGCUAUUGGUUGUCUAGAUGUUAUUGUUUGCCUUGUUUGUUUCUCAUUCCAUGGGAGAUUUCCUCUGGCCCUGGAACACAGCUGUGCUUUCCCCAGGUGUCUAUACAACAGACUCCAGUUCCUGUGGGGCCCCAGGGUGGGAUUUGAAGAAGGAAAACGAAGCCGCUGGACCAGUUGAUGAAAAGCCACAUUCUCUUUCCAAGCGCCAUUCUCACAAGGGCCCUAACAAAUCCUAGUUCUGUCCUUUGCCUGGAAGCAGUCAGGAAGGAUGCUUCAAGAGCUCAACCUUCCCAAUGCCCCCCACCCCAGGAUCCCCAGGUUCCCCGCUUGAGGGAAGGGUACCGUGGUACCAAAGUCCACCGCUAUCCCAUCAAAGCUACAUCAAAGCCAGUGGACCCCCCUCCCCACCAACAGUUGCUGUGAGGAGGACUUCAGACUUUAUUUCCAUCCUCUCCUUCCUACCUACUCAGGGCAGGCUGGAAUAAGGCAAAGAUGAAAUCUGAAAACUCAUCCAGAGAGGGCUCUUACCGAUCGAGUUGGGAGAAAGAAUUUCAUUCAUUCAUUCAGUCAUAUUUAUUGAGCACUUUGCUGUGUGCAGAGCACUGUACUAAGCGCU